CUUGCAAAAUAUCGCAAAAAUAGACAUGGAGCGUGCGUAAGGCUGCGUAAUGGAGCGGCGUUCCAGUCCGGAUUUUCCAUGUGAGGCGCACCGGAGCCCUGGAGGUGGAUAAACUGGUAGAGCCCGCUCUCAAUGCCAUGCUGGGCUACAAGGGCUCCGGGAGACGCUGCUACACUUUACCGACAGCCGGGAUGGAGGAGAGGCGGAGGGGGGAAGGAAAAAGUUUAAACCUGAGAGAGAAACUUUCAACAUGAAGCCUCGCUGACGCACAGCUUCACCAGCACCACAGUGGCGCCAGCGCUCCAACAAAGCUCGGGUUUUGCGCCGAAUAUAUUCAGCUUGCGCCUUUCUUUCCGUGUUAUAUGUUUGUUUGCCGCGCGCACGGCUGGUCGGAGCUUGCUGUCAUUGCGCGCUGAGAUGUUGCUGUGACCAUGGCUGCGCAAGUGGCAUCGGCUCCGACCAGAACUAAUAAAAAUAAGAAAUUAUCCAGUGGUUUGGGUCCGGAGCUCAAUUCGGGGAAAUCCGGAGGAGGAGGGACCAUACAGCAGCGAACUGGACCCAUGUUGGGAGCCGGAGAUGGGACUCUAAAUAAUGUAGACCAUCACCGCCGAAACGAGCUCAACACGGUCCAUUCAACUUCAGCGACUCACAACGUUCCGGACGGGAAAGAGGGAACUAACCCCGCGUCCGCGAACUCAAGCUCUUCCUCGAUGGAAGCGGCUCUGAUGGCAAACCAUAAGCUGAAAUAUGUGGGGGGAGCAGGAGAUUCCCCUCUGUGUCAGCCGCCGCCGCCGCCACAGCCGCCGCAGUUCAGUCAGUUUGCGCCACAUCAGCAGCGACAGAUGCAAAGUACCAACAACAACGGCCAGGGGCCCCGCGGGGACCGGGGGCUGGAUCACCAGCACCACGGCGGGAAGGAGAACCUGUUGGGGUGUCACGGGGAGCCGCAGCAGCAGCACCUGUCUGGGAAAGGUGAGGGAGAGCUCACCUGCAAACCUGCGGACCGGAUGUUGCCUUCCAGUUAUGACCACUCCAACUUGGGGCUAAAUAACUCUGAGUUUAACAACAAUUAUUACACUCCGAGGCCCUGUUACGAGCAACAUGGCGGACAACAGCAGCAAACCAGCGGAAUGGGGGCGCACAACAGCAUGGAGAACUCCCACGAAACGGGGUACCACAACAGCCAGUACCAGUACCCGCCGUACCGGGCGGGCUACGGAGGAGGGGCGUACGGGAUGAUCGCCCCCUCUGGAUGUCGGCAACCUGGGAGCAUGAUGAUGGGGAGCAACUCUUCAUCAAGUAAAUCUCCUCUGGGGGGUUCUUCAGGUGGUCUUCAGAGGUUCCCGGGACAAACGCAGCAGCAGCAGCAUCCCUCAGGGGCCACUCCUACCCUCAACCAGCUGCUCACAUCUCCGAGUCCGAUGAUGCGGGGUUAUGGAGCUGGCUAUCAAGACUACAGCGGACCCACGACGCAGCAGCAUCCCGGUGUGGGUCUGGGAAAAGACGUGGGGCCCCAGUACGGAGCCACCUGGGGAGGGCAGCAGAGAAACCACCCGAUGAGUCCAGGCAACGGAGGACACACACUCGGGAGGACGCAGGUGGCCUCCAUGGACUUGAUGGCUGUGAAACGUUCCCAACUCUACGGCAUGGCCAACAAUCCUUACUCCGGCCCCCAACAUUCAGGGGGCGGGCCUUAUCCCCCUAGCCAGCCAUACACAUCGCCCCCGCCCCACCGAUAUCCAAUGAGCAUGCAGGGGAGGGGCCAGAUGGGCCUGGGCGGGCUGCAGUAUCCUCAACAGCAGCAGGUGGCACCAUAUGGACAGCAAGGAAUCGGGGGCUAUAGUCAACAACAGCAGCAGCAGCAGGUCGGGCAGCAGCAACAGGGAACCCCUCCAUACUUCAGCCCCCCACAGCAGACCCCUCCAGGCCCAAACCAGAGCUCCUACCUGCAACUCCGACCUCCCACCCAACAGGAACCACAGAAGGAGAGUUAUAGUACCAGGGGUCCCGCACCAGGGAACUCUGGGAAGUCUACUGGUGAGGAUGGUGUCUCCCAGGACCGCCCCUCCAGUCUGCCAGAUCUGUCUGGCUCGAUCGAUGACCUCCCCACGGGGACAGAGGCUGGUCUGAGCUCAGCCACCAACGCCAGGGGAUCCUCCAGCAUCAGCAGCAGCAGCAGCCAAGGAGAGCAGGGAGGCACCGGUACCCAGGGACAGUCCUCCUUCUCCCCGCACGCCUCCCCCCAUCUCUCCAGCCAGAGGAGUGGGCCCUCCCCCUCCCCCGUGGGCUCACCUGCAGGCCACCCUCAGUCCCAGCAGUCCCGAUCAGGUUCUGGACCCAUCUCUCCCGCCAGCGGACCCUCUGCCAAUGCCAGCGUGCCAGGUUCCUCUGUGGCCCCGCAGACUUCUGGGAAUGGACCCGAUGGACCGCCAAUCACACGUUCACCGAUGGCUCAGGACAGAGCGUUCAUGCAGAGGAACCAGGCUGGCUCCCAGUUCACCCCUCCUCAGUCUGGACCUCCCAUGUCCCCGCACACGUCCCCCGGGGGCCCCCUGUAUCCUGGGGUGGGCCCCUAUUCCCAGCGUGGCCCCACAGGCCCCUACGGACCUCAAGGAUCUCAGUACGGACAUCAAGGUAACUACUCUCGGCCCUCCAACUAUGGGAGUACGUCCAGUAGUAGCUACAGCGGCCCCGGGAUAAACAACAAUGUGGGAAUGAACUCGAGCAGUCCUAUGCACGGCCAAGGACCUGGUCAGCCCAUACCUAUGGGACGUAGCCAUGGAGCAAUUGGCCAGAACAGGGUGUACACCCACAUGGCCCCAAGCUCCCCCAGUAUGCCCCAACCAGCUGGGCCAGGGAUGGGCCCUCCUUCUUUGGGUAUGUCUAACUGCAAGGCCCAGGAGACACCAGUGACCAUGUCGAGUUCUUCCAACUCCACACACAUCAGACACAGCAGCUAUCAAGGACCAGGCAUCAACCAGGCAAGCAAAAUGACCACUACCGCCCCCUACAGCCAGCCUGCGGGAAACAACAGUUCAGCCAUGAGCAACAUGCACAGCCCAACCUACAGCAUGACGUCCUCAGGAGCCGUGGUAGCGACAGGAGACGGGAUGAUUAGCCCAGAUGGAAAACCCAAAACGGACAUCAAAGAUGAGAGCGGCCCCGGCACCGAGCCUCACAAACUAAAGCUACAGGACUGCUACGCUAACAACACCACCAGCUCCCAGCAGUGUGUCUCACAACCACCAACACCAGGGGGCGCCCUUCCCAUUCCAUCUCCACUUUCACCCAGCCCUGCAAGCCUGUCGUCCUACCAUGGAGAUGACAGCGACAGCAUCAGCAGCCCACCCUGGCCCCUCAAGACCCCAUCUAGCCCUAAAACUAACUCCUCCUCCUCGCUGGCUGGGGAUCGAAUGGCGCGACUGUGUGAGCUGGGCAUGGAGCCGGAGAGGAGGAGCUGGGUGGAGCGCUACCUGACCUUCAUGGAGGAGAGGGGAACACCUGUUGCCCAACUGCCGAACGUCGGCAAGAAGCCGCUGGAUCUCUGGAAGCUCUACAUGGCUGUCCGGGAGAUCGGAGGACUUGCGAUGGUCAACAAGAACAAGAAGUGGCGCGAACUGUCCAGCACCCUGAACAUGGGCACGUCCAGCAGCUCCGCCAGCUCCCUGAAGAAGCAGUACAUCCAGUAUCUGUUCGCCUAUGAGUGUAAGAUGGAGCGGGGAGAGGAGCCUCCGACGGACAGCAGCAGCAGCAGCAGUGUGAACGGAGGGGACAACAGGAAGCAGGUCAAGAUCCAGCCACCGUCACCCGCAAAUUCCGGCGGCUCCCUCCAGGGUCCGCAGACACCUCAGUCUUCUGGCAGCAGCUGCACGACCGAGACGGCAGGGGACCUGAAGCCGCCUACGCCCGCCACCACCCCUCUGGGGCAAGUCACCCCGCUGCCCCCAAACAGGAACAGUGUGAGUGUGCAGGACCCCUUCUCUGAGGUGAACGACCCGGCGUUCCAGAAGCGAGGGGCUUCACUGCCCCCCUCGGCUUCUUACCAGCAGGGCCUCAGUAUGUCCGACAUGAUGAUGAGGAUGCAGUACGAUGCCAAGGACCCCUUUGCUGGCAUGAGAAAAAUGGCGGGAGCUGAUCCCUACAUACCAGGACAGAUGUCCAGCGGGACCAUGCAGGACAUGUACUGUCGACCCCCUGCAGCUUUGAACAUGAACCAGCGGUCCCAGUACCCGUACGGGCCGGCUUAUGACAGAAGACCAGACCACGUGAUGGGGAUGGAGGGGAGCAUGGGUCCCCCAGGGAGCCAGAACAACCUGGGACCUUCCAACAGUGAGGGCAGCAUGUACUCUCCCAGCAGAUACCCGUCACAGCAGAGACAUGACGGUUACAGUCAGCAGUAUCCCAGCAUGCCUUAUGGGAUGCAUCCAUUAGGGAUGUACCCACAGCAACAGGCGUACAAGCGACCCAUGGACGGUAUGUACGGCCCCCCUCCAAAGAGGCACGAGAGUGACAUGUACGCCAUGCAGUACACCACCCAGCAGCCAGACGUGUACAACCACUACGGUGGAGGGUACUCAGGCCCUGAGCGCAGACCUAUCCAGGGACAGUUCCCCUACUCUUACCCUCGUGACCGCAUGGGCCCUGCAGGGCAGAACCACCACAGCAUGAUGGGAGGUGCCCCCACGCAUAACAACGCUGCUGACAGCCCAAACAUGUGGCCAUCUAGGACAGAACUUGGUUAUCCUUACCCCAACCGACAGGGACCGACUUCACAGAUGCCACCGUACGACAUGGAUGGCAGGCCCGGGCAGGACCAGUGGCAUCGGCAGUCACCCUACAUGUCAUCCUCCGGCGCCCUCCCUCCCCUCUCUUCACGCCAACCCCCUUCAUCCUAUUCCAACUCCAUGGCAAACCACCUGCCCAGAGCACCCAGCCCAGGAGCCUUCCAGCGCUCCAUGGAGUCCCGAAUGUCACCAAGCAAAGCACCCUUCAUAUCAGCCAUGAAGAUGCCUAAACCUGGGAUGCCCAUGUUGGGCUCACAGGGCACGGGGCCGCUGGGUCACUUUCCGCUCAACCUGAGGAGGGACCUCAACUACCCUCCAGGAUCAGUGGAGGCCACCAUUCCCAUCCUGAAGCCUCGACGCAAGCUGAACUCCAAAGACACGGGAACGCCGGAGGCAUGGCGUGUGAUGAUGUCGUUGAAGUCCGGCCUGCUGGCAGAGAGCACAUGGGCUCUGGACACCAUCAACAUCUUGCUUUAUGACGACAGCACUGUAGCUUCCUUUAACCUCUCUCAGCUGCCUGGCUUCUUGGAGCUGAUCGUGGAAUACUUCCGCCGCUGUCUGAUCGAGAUCUUUGGUAUUCUGGAAGAGUUUGAGGUGGGAACGGUGGCUCAGAAAAACCUUUUGGAAGCUGUCUCCGGACAUGAAGAAGAAUCGGCACCCUGUCCGAAAACAGAUGGCACAGUUCAGCCAGAAGGUGAGUCGCCGCCAGAGACAGAGCUGCUGGUGGAGCGAGCCGGGGCUGAUACGGAGGAAGAACCGACACCGGUGGAGCUGAAUGAAGAGACGGUGAUAAAAAACGAGGACAAGGGUGAAGGCGGGCAGAAAGAGGAAGAAAGGACGGAGGUUAAGGAGGAGUGUGUUGACCAACCUGUUGCUGAGGUGGAGCCGAGGCCUCAACAAGCCAGCAAAUACGACAAAGUCCCCAUUAAGUUUGUCCACAAGGACGACCUGAUUGAAGACAUGAUGGAGCGCCUUGGUUAUGUCACAGAGUUCGCCAGCGGGCUGCUGCAGUGGCAGGCCGGAGGAGGCGACUGCACUGCUCACAUCCAGAUGCACUUUGAACCCCGGAUCGACCCGCUUUCCAGGACGGAGGACAAAAUGAUAAAAGACAACCAGCCAGAAGACAAGCAGGAUGAGAAGGAAGAGAAACACCCAAGGAAACACCUCACUGCUACUAUUGAUGAUGUUCUGUGUGCCAGGGUCGACGCCCUCUCUUACGCCCACCCUGCACGCUCCUUGCCAUCCUAUCCCUUCAGGGUCCACCCGGACGGGAAAGAAGACCACAUCACCCUGCUGGAGGACGAGCCCCGGUGCCUGGACGAGGCACCGCUCUCCACCAUGGCUCCCUGGCAGGAUUCCCUAGCCAAGCGGUGCCUCUGCAUCUCCAACAUUGUCCGCAGCCUGUCCUUUAUUCCCGGGAAUGACUCAGAAAUGUCCCACCACCCUGCUCUGGUUCUUCUCCUGGGCAGACUCCUUCUGCUGCAUCACCAGCACCCGGAGAGAAACAGGUCAGCCCCUAAUGUCCAGAGGGACAAGCAGCAAGAGCAGGAGCUGUGGUGCAUGAAGGAGGAGUGGUGGUGGGAGUGUCUGAGUGUGCUCAGGGAGAACGCCUUCGUCACUCUGGCAAAUGUCUCCGGUCAGCUGGACCUCUCCACCUACCCAGACACCAUCUGCCUCCCCAUCCUGGACGGCCUUCUUCACUGGAUGGUUUGCCCAUCGGCCGAAGCCCAGGACCCGUUUCCUUUGGCAGCGCCACACUCCCAGCUGACCCCGCAGAGGCUGGUGCUGGAGUGCCUGUGCAAGCUCAGCAUCCAGGAUGGCAACGUGGACCUCCUGCUGGCUACUCCACCCUUCAGCAGACAGGAGAAACUUUUCGGCAUCCUGGUCCGCUAUGUGGGCCAGAGGAAGCACCAGGUAUACAGGGAGAUGGCGGUGGCUGUCCUCGCCCACCUGGCACAAGGAGACCCCACGGCAGCUCGCGCCAUCGCCAUGCAGAAGGGCAGCGUGGGCAACCUGGUGGGCUUCUUGGAGGACGGCGUCAGCAUGGCGCAGUACCAGCAGAACCCUCACAGUUUGCUCCACAUGGGGCACCCACCUAUGGACCCGCCGAGCGUCAACAUGCUGUGCAGAGCGGCCAAAGGCCUGCUGGCUCUGGCCAAAGUGGAGGAGAACAAGACAGAGUUUGUGCUGUACGAAAGCAGAUUGUUAGACAUUUCCAUCUCCUCGGUGCUCAACUAUGGAGUGGUUUCCAUUAUUUGCCAAGUCCUCUUUCACUUAGGGAAGUUAUGACAGCAGGACUCACACAGCAGCAACUAAAGUUCUUUGUGUGCUUUUCUAUUUUUAUUUAUGGAAAAUGACAGAUUUUUUUUUCUCUUUUUUUUUUUAAAUAUCAACAUAAAACAAAAUAUCUAUAUAUGUUCAACUUUCUGGGCCAUAUAAAAAAAAAUGUGGGUUUUGGGACUUGAAAGCUCGUUUUAUUACAAAUAUUUAAUACUGUUUGUGUUGGAUCCACGUGUUUUUGUUUACUUUCUCAGCCAAAGCUGCCGCCAGAUUUUGGUGCUGAUCCGAUCACGGGGUGGAUGUUUUUGGUUUUUAUAACGGCUACAUUUUGUCAGUGAAGACUAUUUAUUUAAACUGUGACACUGUACAGCAGCUUGAGCUUUGUUUGUUUGUUUGUUUGUUUGUUUUGGAAGAUGAAUUGUGCAAUAGGACAAGAGCAGCAGACACCUGCAGUGUACGUUUCAGGCCACCUGGAGGCAGCAUUGCACCAGCCAAUCAAUUCCAUGGAAUCAAUGAAUCGAUUCUCGUCAGUGACUUUUUUCCUCAGCACUUGUGCUCUGUCUGUCCAUCACUGUCCAAACUGACUGUUGGAUGUUCAGUCUCACUGAAGCAUAGAAACAAAAAGGACUUUGGCUAUUAGAACAAACGCUUUUAUUGUUGGUAAAUUUGUUAUUGUUCUGAUACAUAUUUUGUUAUUGGGGUUAAAUAUUUGAACCUGGCAGAUGUAACUGAUGUUUCAGUGUAAAAAAAAAACAAACAGAAAAAGAACAUCCUGUAUGCAUUGUACUAUAGCUGAGAACACAAUCGCUUUGGUAAUCACACGUGGACGUGCCGGCGAACGAGGUCAGAGGUCACAUCACAAACCCAAACACGUUUUUCUGUUUCUCCAAGUGUCCUCUGUUCAUUUCAAAGGUCACUUUUCUGACUCCAAAAAAGAAAAUGUCCUGAAGGCUGAUUGUAAAGUUUUGUUUUGUUUUUAUUGAGUAAAAACACAUUUAUACUCUGUGCUGCACACAUCACAAAUAAAUGUACGAUCAACAUUGUUAAGCACCGGAAGACGUCACAUUAUGUCCAGACAAUCUUAGGCCAAUAAAACAAACGUCAACUG